CUCUCUCAAAUAAAAUAAAAUUAAAAAGUUGAGUAGAAUGGGCAUGGGCAUGUUAUCCAGCUUCUGAGCAUGAAGAAAGAAUGUGACCCUAGCCUUUCCCAUGGUGACAAUCUCCCCACAAGAACAUGCCCCUCACAAAGAGUCUCCCCCAUCCCUCUCCAGAAGAGAAGAGGAAACACAGGAAGCACCUAGUGCAGAGCCCCACUUCCUACUCCAUGGAUGUGAAAUGCCCAGGUUGCUAUAAAAUCACCACCAACUUUAAUCGUGAACAAAUGGUAGUUUUGUGUGUUGGCUGCUCCACUGUUCUCUGCCAACCUACAGGAGGAAAAGCAGGGUGUACAGAAGAAUGUUCCUUCAGACAGAAACAGCACUAA